GACGAACAGUACGAAAAAGUUGAGGUUGAAGAAGAAAAUAGCGAAGGAUCAGCUCCACUCGAUGAUGGAAAUCAUAAAAAAGAAGGACAACUUCCCUUUUGUUGAAUGGAAUCAAUGGAAUUUGUUGGUGACUGGGCAUGAUCUUUCCUAGCUACCAGUGAAGGGGAGAGGAGAACAUUAACGUAACCAUCAAACUAUAGAACCUCACCUAAAAAAAAGGCCCUCGGAAGAGCCUGAAGUAGAGAAACCUACAAAUAAAACCUAUUACUCUUUUUAUGAUUGAGAUGGAACGCUUGCCGCCUGUGAAAUGGGAUGAUUGGGAAGAUGGGACCUGAACUCGAAACGAGUGAAAGUUGUAGCAUGUCGCAGGAUGAUUGUUCUUGCAAACUGCAUGUAUGGAACCCGCAUUCUGGAGCCUUUGGGUCUUAAAGAUCAUUUAAGAUCAGGAUCUUCAACUCCAAAACCUGUAGCAAAUCCUGAUACCCCUAUGAUUGAAGAGGGUAAUGACAGUUGCAGGAUAUCUAAUUCUGAUGAAAGAAGAGGAAAGAAUUAUUCAAGUUUGGAUGGAAAAAGAACCGUUGUACUUGCUGAUCUCCAAGCUCUUAAAUGUGAUAGUGGGGAAACAACCCAUGAAAACCAGCCGUUUGGUCAAAAAGUAAGUGCUGAAUUCACUGAAGGAGGUCAUCAUGAAGUGUUACAGGAUUUACAACAAACAUCAUCAAGGUUGGAUGCUGAGGAGACUUGGGCCAGAAGUUUGACCCCUCCUGCUGAUUCUAGAGGUGGAAACAAAAGACCAGCAGAUAGAUGUGAAUUUUAUUCUAGAGGUUCAAAAUAUACCACCGAGAGACCAGCAUCGUAUUGUUUCUCUGAUUUUGCAUCAUCUGAAGUUCAAUGUGGAGGAUAUCAAAGGUUGAACAGUGAAAAUGAUUUGCAUAUGCAUAAAGAUGAGGAUUGGUCAAGCAUGCCGUUUAGGGACAGUGGAAGAGAAACUUUUGGAUAUAAAUCAUACUUGGCUGGUUAUGGCAGCUCUUCACCACCAUUACUCGAAGAUAAUUCUCUUAAUAAAGAUAGCUAUUGUAAUGGAAUGCAUCCAAGUAGCUCAGUACUGCCAUCUUACAAGUAUCUGAACACCGAAGUUCCCUCUUAUGCCUCAGCUUUGGAUGGCACAAGUUAUAAGAGGACCCACCAUAUGCCCGAUUAUCAUCAUUUGCCAUUCUUGAAUCGCUCUGUGGAUAAGUGGCGUUCUUAUCUCACUUCUUCCUCUUCAAACCUAGACCCUGUUGGUGAUCAGAAGCUUUUAGACCGUAGCCGAGACUGUAUAACUAGGUCAAUGUCUCUGCAUAACAAGUCUUCAGCACUUCCUGGUUGUGGAACUGAAUCUUUUUCUUGGACUGAUUUAUCAGGGGACACGGAACACUCGUGUGGUUAUAAGACCAAGGUGAAUUUUAAUGACUGGGAGACUUCUGCGCCUUUUCGUCCAUCAACCUUUCUUAGUCAAAUUAUUCCCCCUCCAGAAAGUCUUUAUGAUCCGAUUUGUGACAGCAUUGAGCAAACCAUCACCGCCGAGAAAGAUUUGUCUGCUAAUGAAAGAAAAACAGCUGAUAGAGCUAUAGCCCAUCAAGAGAACAUGAAUACCUCUUCAAAAGAAGAAAAGCACUCAAGAUCAGUUAAUCCCAGAGGCCAAAAGAGGAAUCAAUCAAAAUUAGAGAAGCUCGGACCCAGCUGUGAAAUUGAUACUGACUUUAGGAGAGAUGGAUCUGUGAACUAUGAGUCAGGAGUUAUGAAGCAUUUCCGUGCUGCUCUUGUGGAAUUAGUUAAAGAAUUGCUUAAGCCAACUUGGCAUGAAGGUCUUUUGAUGAGGGAUGCAUACAAGAUGAUUGUUAAGAAAGCAGUAGAUAAGAUCAUUAACUCUUUGACACCCGAUCAAGUUCCUGAUACGACUGAAUCCAUCAAUCAAUAUCUCUCUGUAUCUAAGACAAAAGUAUCUAAGCUGAUUGAGGGGUAUCUGGAGAAAUAUGGUAAAUCUUGAGAUGAAUCAUCAAAAGUAUUGCUUUACAUGCUGCCACUAGUCAGGAAUUAAUUAAACAUGUCAUUGUGGACUAAUGUUUCUACUAAAGGGCUAGAAGCAAAAUGUUAAUUUUGUAUAUGGAUUUUUUCUUCUUAGAUAAGACCUUUUUUUGCUGCCUUCAUGGGUCGAAAGAAUUUUGGAAGCAUCUAUGUUUACUUAGUAAUAGUUUGAUUCAAUCUUGGUAAGGAAAUAUAAUUUGCUAAUGUCAUCAUCUUCGCUAGAGUCAACUACUAGAUUAGUGCUUAUUCUCUGGCAUUCAUUGAGGCUUUUAGAUGCAAAAGGUCAUGGAGGAGGCCACUAAUUAUCCAUGAAGCUUUAAUUUGAUGUUCUGUAGGUAGGCUCAUGAUCUGGCUCUCACGCCCUGACAUUGUCAUUGUAUACUUCCAUGAGUCAGAAGGUUGCAGGAGAAGGAGGGGGACACUAGCGAGAUCUAUUAGCAGUGAAUUCCCCAUAAAAAUAGAGGCACCUAUCAAAAGAAUACUUUAAAGGCUUUGGGAUUGAAGUCUCAUUAGCUCGCAACAGGCGGCAUGACUAGAGCCUGGUCCAUGCCGUUGUCACCUUUCAAAGUUAGGGAACUAAAAUAUUUUAGUAGAUAAAGGAAUAUGAGUGGGAGAAGAUUGUGCUUUUGAAGAAAAGCAAAUAUAAAGUUUAGUAACUUAGCGAAGUUGUUCAGUUCUUUUUCAACAGGAUUACAGGAAGUACUUAUCGUCUUUCAUCCCGGCUUUGAAAGGAAUUUGUUCUUUUAAGAUGUUGCUCCAAAGUCCAAUCAACUUAGUGUUAGCGGUUAGAUAUUGGCUA